AUGACGGCUUGGGCCAGACGCGAUGACGAUAGCGACAUUUACAUCCGGUCAUGUGGCCCCAUGGAACACGCAUACGUUACCAUGGUCCACACCACCCGCCGUAACGGCCGCGAAGACUUUAUCAUCAGCUAUAUCCUCCAGUUCAGGGAAGACACUGACCCCUCCGGAAGUCGACUGCCCCUUAAGCAGCGGCUGUGCGAAGCCUGGAAGGCCCUCCGCUUCGAGCAUCCCAUGAUCGCCGUCGAGCUGGGCCAUGACAGGCAGUCUCUGCUGUACGUAUCAACCGUAGACCAAGAGUCCUCGAUGGAGGAAUGGCUGGCCGAGACCUUCAUUGUUGACGCGGGCGAGCAACGACCGGCCGGAGCAGUGUUCGCCGAGCUCCGGCCGCCGCGUCUCAUGGAGCUGCGAUUCCUCCCCAACACGGGCGAGCUGCUCCUACGGUCGUCCCACUGGCGCAUCGAUGGGGCCGGGUGCUCUCUGCUGAUGGACCGUUUCUUCGACAUCAUGGCGUCCGAACGGACGGCCAGCCCGACGUGGGGCGAGGAAAUCUCCAGACUUCCUCCCGCCCUCGAGGACGCGCUGCAGUUGCCGAGUGAGGCGUCCCCGAGGCAUCAGAAAUGGGGCCAGGAGUGGAUAUCCGACUUUGGGGCGGCGUCGCCGUCCGUCGGUCUUCCUUGUCGUCCGAACCCCGGGAGGAACCCCGGGAACCCCGGCCGCGAGCUUCUCAUCCUGAGCGAAGAGGACACGGCCACGCUCGUUUCGGCAUGCAAGACCAUCGGCAUCACCGUCACGGCAGCUCUCCACGCAGCCGUUAUUCUUCAGACGCGGAAGAUGGCCCCGGCGGAAAUAAGGAGCAACAACUUCAUGGACGUUCUCAUGUGUGAUUUGAGGUCCUACCUGCCUGAGCCAUAUAUUACGAGUGCUUACGCGGUGAUGAUCUGCUCCAUGCCGCAGCUCGGCGUCUUCGCCUCGCUCGCCGAGCGGGAAUUUCUAGGUACGGCCAGGAUGGUCAUGGAAAGCUCCAGGAGUUACGACAUGCACACGAUGCUACAGUCACUACGUCCUGCCUCGGUUGCGUUCAAGCAGAUGCUGGACAUGGGCGCGGCCUCAACAGAGGUAAGUGAACGGAUUCGUGAUUCAUCAUUCUAUGUCGAGAAAAUUCCUGGUCUCUGA